GGCUGCAGGCAUCUACAUGGACAGCCCUGCCUGCGCUAUAUUGUGGGGUCCUUGCAGCCUGGCCGUUUGGCUGCGAAGAGGAGAGAGUAGCAAUGGCGGAUUACGAUACCUUUGACGAUCGGGCCUACAGCAGUUUUGGAGGCGGCAGGGGGUCCCGACGAGGUGAUGCUGGCCCUGGUCCACGCAAACAAAAAGAGCUUCCCACAGACCCACCAUUCACAGCAUAUGUGGGCAAUCUUCCAUUCAAUACUGUACAAGGAGACAUAGAUACCAUCUUCAAAGAACUGAGUGUCAGGAGUGUGCGGUUAGUCCGAGAUAAGGAGACAGACAAGUUUAAAGGUUUCUGCUAUGUAGAAUUUGAUGAUCUGGAGUCCCUUAAGGAAGCAUUGGCAUAUGAUGGCGCACUUUUAGGUGACCGUUCUUUGCGAGUGGAUAUAGCAGAGGGCAGAAAACAAGAAAGAGGUGGCUUUGGCUUCAGGAAAGGAGGGUCCGAUGACAGAGGAGGAGAACACGAUAGUUACGGCUCUAGAGGAGGUUCAAGAGAUGACUUCAAUUCUGGCUUCAGAGAUGAUGACUUUUUAGGAGGCAGAGGUGGUAGGGGAGCUCGCGGUGGUCCUAGUGAUCGUCGAGGGGCCCCACCUCCAGGAGGUCCUGGACGUUUCAGAGAAGCACCACGUGGAGGAUCUGAGGACUUCAGAGAACCUACAGAAGAGGAAAGAGCACAUAGACCUCGACUGCAACUUAAACCCAGGACAGUUGCAGGCCCUCUCAAUCAAGUAGCCAAUCCUCACUCUGCCAUCUUCGGUGGAGCCAAACCCAGAGAGGAAGCUGGCGGAACAAAAGAGAAGGAAUGAGCUGAACCCGUGGGAGGGAUGGAGGAGAGAGUAAGCCCGUCACUCUGGAACCCUGCAGUUACCAUUCCUUCCUCCUGACAUUCACUCCUCAUCUCCCUCCUGUCGAAACUGAACACUGAGCUUGUGAAUGCAUGUCAGCUGUUAACAAGUGGUUUUUAGUACGUUCUCUGCUUUUCUGUAUCUUGUACCUGCAUUGUGCCGUUUCCACUUCUAUCCCUCUAUCUAUCUGCAGCGCAAUGUCCUGCAGGGAAAGCCUCUUCCAAAAAUGGAGUUAAUUUUGGACAUGGGAGAAGAUAUACUAUUUCUCAGUACAUUUUUCCUUUUUUAAUUUGGGGGCGAUUGUGUUAUUGGUUUAACACUAAGUUGCCCUUGAGUUAUUUAGUGCUUUGCCUCACCUCUUACCUGCAUGUUUUGUUCUGUAUUGCCAAGACGCUGAGAUGGUAGUACCUGGCAUAUGUGUUCUGUGCCACAGAUUAAAGUGACAGGCAACUGCUAACCUGUAAACUUAACUGGGUUUUUUGGCAUUAGGCCUGUUCCACAAACACCUCCCUGUAUUUGUACAGAAUGAUCUAUAUGCUUCUCCGCAUGGAGAAGUUUUAUCUAAUUAACUUGUUAAAUUUUUUGUUUACCUUGGCGCAUAUAUCUAUAUGACUUAUCCUAUCACGUGUCUAGUUUGCUCUAUAAUGUGCUUCACAAUGAAUUAGACUUUCUUGCUGUACUGUGCAAUUAAUGUACAAUAUGGAGACGCCAAUUCAUGAAAAGGUAGCUGUUCUGCAAACGAAAGGAUGUGCUAAGUAUAAUUCGUUAGUAACUUUUGUUGCCUAAUAAUUUUUAACAUAUACAUAUAAUAAAAGUCAAUUUUUUUGGGUUCCUCCUCUUUUAAAGCUCUUUAACUAGAAAAUUGAGCCGUAAAAUAUACUAUUUCUGCAGACAGAGCAUUGACCGUGCUGAUAUGCAUUUGAAGUGUGUGUUAUAUUUUUUUAUUUUUUUUAUUUUUUUGUUAAUCCAAUUUUGAUACUGGUGUUGGCUCACUUGUGUAGCCCCCUGCAGAGGUCAUUUACUAGUCUUAUUGCUUGAGGUCCAUUUUUUUUUUUUUUUGUCAAAUCCAUAAUUAAGGAUUCACAUACACGACCGUUUGUCGGGUGCAUCUCCCAGGCCGACAGCGGCUCCUCUGACCAAAACUCUCUGCAUUAUAGUGGCUUAUAAUGCAGUCAGUUCCUAUCUGAUUGUGGGUCUAUUGUACUGUACUCCACUGGAUGAGGCACCACCAUUACUCCAGAGAUGUGGCGUCAUGUGCAUGAGCCCUAAGUAUUUUAUUUCAGGACUUUUCUCCUAAAAUUAGGGCAUCAGGGUACAGCCACAUGGUUAGAUUUCCUGAUAUGGUUUUGGAAGCCAAAAUUGGGAGUGGACAAUGAAAGAGGAGACAGUAUAAAGGACAGAUACAACUUCUCUUUUUUUUUUUUUUUUUUUUUAUUCACUCCUGGUUUUGGCUUCCAAAUCUGCGUCCAGAAUCCUGACAGUGUGGCCGUACCCUUAAGAUUGACAGGGCACAGUGCAAGUGAUUAAGUUGUAUUAAUGAACAUGGCUGCAACGUUGUCUCGAGCAGUCCCGGCAGAAGGAUCUGAAUCCAGUAUUAUGAUAAAAGUAAAUAAGGGCAGAGAUUUUUAUUUUUAUUUCUUACCUCAGUGUCUCAGCAUAUCAAUUGCUUUCACUCUCCUUUUGCUAUGUACAUUCUCUGCAUUAAGAACCAUUUGUCUAACACUAGCAUCUAAAGCUAGACGUGCUUUGUGUGGUAAUAUACAAGAAGAAACACCAUACCCUCAGACUUAUUGUAGAUUUCUUUACAUCUGCAGUUUGGGGAAGCUUUAAAAGAGAGAACAAACAGCUUUACAUCUGCUCUAUACAUUUGACUUUACAGUGGGAAUUCCAGACACUCAACAUGACAGAAAGUAAAUAUAUGGACAUGGUAUUUUGUGGAAGAUCUUUUAAAUAAAAGAAAACCAUAAUGAU